CGGUAGCUUAAUUCAUCCAGGCUUUGAUUAGCAGCAAUGAAUUUAUCUUGGAAAGAGGCCGAGGACUCCACUGCAAAUGUCCAGAGGUUCUGCAGUAUGGUGAGGGCAGAUGUAGAGAAGAAGAUUGGACAGAGGUCUGUUUUCAGUUCCCUCAACUUCAGGGCGCGUGAUACUACAAUACAGUACAUAGCCAAGGUGCAUGUUGGAGGGACUGACUAUGUUCAUGUGAAAAUCUCUCAGGCUCUCCCUUGUUACGGAGAGGAGGCGAAGAUGCUUGCUUUCCAGUUUCCUAAACAAAAAGAGGAUGAAAUCGAACCCUUCUGAAGACUUCUGAACACAUUAUUCUGUCCUCACUGAGAGACUCCUACCAGAAAAAUACUUUUCAAUAAAGUACUGAAGCUUA